UGUAGUGCGUUGUACCUAUAUUGUAAUAUUAUUGCUACAAUACGUAAUGCUGUUGAAGCCGCCGUCGUUUUGAUGACGUAGUCCGUAUGGAACGCGGGUCGCGGGUGGAGGUACAGUAUUAUUAUUAUUCACGGUUUCUGUGCGGCCGUGUACGUCAGUGCGUGCGUGCACGCGCCUAAUGUGUGCUUGUGCGUACGUACGUGCGUGCGUUUGCGUGUAUGCGUUGGCCCCGGCGACAAUUAUUAUUAUUAUUCGUACUGCCGCCGCCGCCGCCGCCGAGAUUAUCAGCCGUCGUUGUGUGCGUGCGUGAGCGUGUACCCGUCGUGUACGUGUGCGUCCGCGAACGGGUGUGAGUGUUGUAAAACGGCGAAGGGGGAUAUAAUGGAAAGAAAAAAUAAACUGACAACAGCGACGACGACGAACCAGUAUUUGUUACACACGAUAAUCGUCGUUCGUCCGCCGUCGAAUUUUAUUUUCUAGUACGUUUAGUAUUAAUAUUUUUAUGCGUCGUCCGGCGGCCUUUAAAAUACAUAUCGCCAUCGAGCAACUAGAUUAUUAUUAUUCAUUUUUAUCUUAUUCGUUUUAUCCGUCACGAUAAAUUCCGUACGGCCGUCGUCGUCGUCCGCAGUGUGACGUCCAACGCGCGCCAGUGUGCUCUGUUACGCCGUCGGCGGCUGUCGUCGUUGUCGUCGUAUUCUUCCUCAUCGUCCUCCUCAACAACACUCAUACACAGCAGCGCCCUUUGGACGUUUCGGUCGUCGCUCGACGCUUUUUUUUUUUUGCGUCACUCGUCUGCCGAACGCGCAAGCCCGCUCACUCGCGCUGCCACCACCGUUUGAAAAUGUCCCGGGAAAACGUUUAACUUUCCGCGCUAUAAGUUGAAUCCGUUACGCCAAUAUCGUCCAGGUAUUUAACUAUUGCAAUGGAAUUUUUAAUAACAAAGGAAUCUGAUGAAGACUCUAUAUUGUCCCUAAUUACUAAUGAACCUGCCAACACCAACGCUAAAUCUCACAAUGUAAAAUAUUAUAAUGAUGAUUGUCUUCUUGAUAUUAAGGAUAUAAAUGUUGCAAACAUUGAUCAAGUUAAUAAUGAAGAAAUAUCUACUGAAUCAAAAACUUUAUCAGACUGCCUAGUAGACACCCCAAAAUCAUUAUCAGAUUCAGAAUGUAGAGUUCAAAAUUUAUUAUUUAAUAUGAAAUCUGACGAAUACAGCACUACCUCUGAUGACAAAACUAAUAUUGAUAGCAAUAUAAAGCCUUACAAUAGUGAUGUUAAAAGUCUGAGUAUGUGUUUACCCUCUUCGACUUCAAUUUUUAUCCCCUCUAGUGAAACUCAAGUUCUUUCAAGUACAAAUGAAACAACUUAUUCAGACGUAAAUAAUAUUUUUACAACUAAUAAAAAACGAGGUUUUUCAAUUGAUGAAAUUAGUAAAGACGAAACUUCUCAAAAUAGCCAAAGCAUGUCAACAUACUCAAAUGAUUAUACUUGCUUUUUAAGUGAGCAAACAGAUGCUAUAAGCAAUUUGACGCCCUUCAAAAGAAGUAAUAGCUAUUAUUUUGACUCUCCUGUAAAAAAGUUAUGUACUACAAAAAUGCCUAUCGAUGACAAAACAAAUGAAGUUCUUAACAGCAUUGACUUGUACUCAAAUAAAAAAGAUAAUAAAAUAUUCAGCGGAUUUACAAGCAUUCAGAAUGACUUAGAAGUUGAUUGUAUACAAGAUCGAUAUGAUGGAAGUGACUCUGGAUUUGGAUCUGAAUUAGCAGAAGAUAAGAAUAGUACUAACUUAGAUAUAGCACUUUCAACAUCAAGUAUAUCAUACAAAACUGAUUUUACAUUGAACCAAAAAUCUAGUUUUGAAGAUUUGCAAAGAACUUCGAAUGAAUUUUUGUCAGCAAUGGAAGUGUUGAAGCCAAAAUUUUCAGAUUCUAUUCUAGAUACAGGACCAUUAGAAAUAAGGAAUAAUUAUGGAUUUGUUAAAGGUAUUUUAAAACGCAACAAACCCUUCAAUUAUGGUGUUCCAUCAUCUGAUGUUAUAACAGCGAAGAAACGCAAAAAUAUAAAUUUUGCAAAUGUAACAGUCUUUUAUUUUCCCCGAGUUCAAGGAUUUACUUGUGUUCCUUCUCAGGGUGGUUCUACUCUUGGCAUGACAAGAGUUCAUAGUGCAUCACGCGUUUUUUCUCUACCUGAAUAUAUAGCGGAACAGAGAAGAAUACGUCGAAACUUGGUUCAUUUAAGUCAGUCUGAGGUUUCUGGUACAAAUAGUGAUGACAGUGAUAGCGAUGUUGGAGCAGCAGAUGUUUACUCUGAGUCUGACGCCGAUAUGGAUUCAGAUAGCAAUGGGAGUUUUUUACAACCCGUACCUACACGACAAAGACGUGCUCUAUUGAAGGCAGCUGGUGUUGACAAAAUUGAUUCUUCAGAAAAGGACGAUUGCAAGAGCAUAAGGCUAUCAAGAGAAUUCUGUGGAUGUCUGUGUCGUGGUUUUUGUGACCCAGAUACAUGUGCUUGUUUUCAAGCAGGCAUAACAUGUCAAGUUGAUAGAAUGAAUUUCCCAUGUGGGUGCACAGUAGAUGGCUGUGGAAAUUCUGUUGGUCGUAUAGAAUUCAAUCCAACCAGAGUUCGAAAGCAUUUCAUUCACACCAUAAUGAGACUUGAAAUCAAAAAGAGAGAAGCACAAGAAGAGGAACACUGUAAUAAGCUAGCUAUGACAUCACCACUUAUAUCUAAUUUUUCCUAUCAUGAUUCCAGACACAUACAACCGUAUUAUCAACCACAACACUAUGAACACAAUUUAAAUGAUUAUAAUUAUCAUUCAUUUUUACCUAUUUAUGAUAGCAAUCACAUUGCCCCAGAAAGUAGUACACCGAACAAUUAUCAGCUAAAUAAUUCGCACACUUUAUAUGAACCGUAUCAGCCAUUUCCAUCUGCGUUUGUGCCUUUAUCACAAGAUAGACCUAGAGGAUUGUCUAUUAUAGACAAUAAGCCCGAAACAUUUACAGAUUUAUUGCAGCCGUACAGCUUACAAAGUAUUGAAAGUACCGAUUCACUGGGUAUUCCAAAUAUUCCAAGUACAUUGGUUUCAGAUAGUUUUAAUUUAGAAACAGAAAAUUUAGGAGAAAUCAUUAAAAAUACAAUGGUUGAAAGUGUCAAUUCUUAAAACUCCAUUCACUGACAACUUGUUAAAUAACAAAUGUUUUUCUUUAGUUAAAUUUUUUUAUUUGUUAAAUAAAUUAAUAAUUUCUAACUUGGUUAUCCUAAUAAUAAUAGUUUAGGUAUUCUCUGUCUCAUAUUAAAGUAAUCACAGGCUGCGAAUGAUUUAUGUACGGUCCGUCAGACCAUAACCCUCAAUUAAAUCAGUUUUCAUCGUCAGCACUAGUUUUUGAUGAUAAACCGUGGCCAAACAAUCGCUAUACCUUAGCAAAAUGCAGGUUGUUGGAAUAAUUUCCAUUUACUACUGCUGUUCACAGAAGCACGCCUUCUGAGGUUACUCAUAUAUAAAACAAAGUAUAGUUUACACAAAAAUCUAUUAGAUUUUUAUCAUUUAUUUUAUCAAAAAACUUGUGAUUGGUGAUUUCAAUAAACUUUAAAGUUUAAAUACAAUUUGUAUUCAGACAAGUACUUUUCAAUAAAUAGUCAACUAUUCAAAAACUUGUCAAGUUUCAAGAGAAUUUUCAAAUUUUUCUUUAAAUACGUUGCUACUGUUUAAAUAGUGGUUUGCAUAAUUACAAAAAAAUUAAUAGAAAUUAGCAUCUUUUGUUUUACUCAAAUUUGGUAUCUAAUUAUAUUCUCAAUAAAAAAAUUAACUUAUUUUAGUACUUAUAAUGACUAAACUAUUUUUCUGAAAUACAUUAUGAGAUCAUGUAUUGAUAAAUGUAUUACAUUUGGAAAAUGUUUCUUUUAAAAUUAAUUUAUAUAACCUUACAUCAUCUGAAGUCCAUAAUUAAAAAUUGAAUAUUGUGAUUUUAGAUUCUGAGCAGAGCGAGGAAGCUAUUGUUUAAGUUUGCUUCUCUUAUAUUAUUCUUUUUAUCUUUUCGAUAAAAUUUGAUAUUUAUUUUAUUAUUAUUUAGGGGAUGUAAGGGAAAAGGGAAAAAAAGCUGGAUUAGGAUGUUAUAUGUAUUGGAGUAACAUUAUUCUUGAAUAUCUAUAAUAACCUAUUUUAUGGCUACUUAUGUAUUGAAAGCAAUUUUUUACUAAAUCUAUGAAGUGUAAUGGUAUUAUUUUUGUUUAGUUUAAUUAAUAACAGUUUUAGACAAAUUUAAAUCACUCAAAUAGUAGAAAUCAUCCUAAUGUCACCCAAAACCAAUUUCAUUGUCGGCACAUUUUAGUAGUAUUUUAUUUUAUCCUUAUUUUUUUCAAAUUUUGUUUAAUUGCAUUUUAUUCAAAUACUUACUUUUGUGUCUUCUGGUAAUUUGUACCAAUAACCAAUAUUUUGUUAACUGUAUGGGUAUUUUAAUGAAUCGCAUAUACUUUUUUUUUUUACAAUUUAUUGUAUUAGAAUAUUAUCAAAUUAAUUUAAAGAUGUGCUAAACUGAAAUGUAUUGGCUUCCCUAUGUCACAUUGUGGAAACUUAUAUUGUAUUAUUGUAAAAUGUGAAUAUAAGUUACUUAUAAAUUUGUAUAUUAGUUCAAAACAGGCGAUGGAUCCUUUGUGCAAUGUAUUAGGAUUUGACUAUAAAAUGGUGUUUAAGAAUACAUUAUAGUGUUUUCUAUUAAAAACAUUCAGUUUAUUUGCAUAGGAUUAACUGUUUUAUUAUUGUGAUUGUAUUAUGAUCAUCAGUACUAUUAUUAUUUUAAAUAUUUGUGUAUUAGUUAUUAUUAUUUUGACAUGAGAUUAUUUUUUUAAAUGUAUCAGGUUUUUUUAUCAUUAUUUUGAUUGGCAUAUUUAUAAUACACAAUCCCGAAAUUAUAAAGCUGACCAAAUAAUGUAACCCGCGGAAAAAAUUAAUUUACUGAAAUUGUCAUUUUAAGUUUUAAGCAUGUGUUAAGCAUCUUAUUAUUGAAUAUUAUAAAAAUGCCUUAUGACACUAAUUUAUUUGAAACAAAAAUAAUUUUCAUCUUGUAAUAAUCACACCUUAGCACCUAUAAAUAAUAAAAUCAAAUUGAUAUUUAUAUUAAGGUAAGCUUGUUAUAGUUUAGUUAAUUGUUUUAGUAGAUUGUCAAUUAUCGCAAUUAGUUUAUCAGUGCUGUAUUCGUAUAAGUGUGUUUGCUAAUAAAAUUAAUUACAAUUAUUAAUAUUCAUAUACUUACUGUAAUAAUUAAUUAUCAUUAA